UUGAGGCAUGUCGCAUGCGCUGCUCGGAGCCAGCUGAGAGCGACGUAAGCUGUUAGCGACGUCAAAGAUCUCGCCAACGUCAUCUUGCCGCUCAGCAGCUUUCGAGCACCAUGACUGGGCGAAGGCCAGCUCCGGUCCCGAGGCAGGCCCCUCGCAGACCUCUUGCGGAGAAGAACACGAUAGCCAAUACAAAUCCAACUCAACAGGAUACUGCAGCGGCCGGUCCCUCCAAACCAAGAAUUGCCGGAGCGCGAUGGGCGCCCGCCACGAGGAGCGCAUCCAUCGCACCGACAGAGAACAAAGAGCCAAGCCCGGCGGCUGAUGUCCAACGAGCUGUAUGCAUGACACGCUCUCCUCAAUGGCCUUCUGUGGAUCUCGCAGCCUCAUCAUCGACCAAGCGCAUACAUGCGGAUCAAGAAGCCGCCAUCACACCCGCCCCCGCCCCCGCCGAGCGACCGGUCUCCAGGCUUCCUAAGCCCAUCAUUUCGGAGAAGCGACAGAUCGCUACCCUGCAGCCUGCUCCAACUCCUGUGCACCCUGUACCUCGCACGCCCAGGAAGCGUGCAGUCCCGCAGGACGAUGUACAUUGCCGCAACAGGGUGCAGGCCGGCCAACAUGACGAAAUGGACGGCCUGGCUACUGCGACGGGUGAAAGCCCCAACAAGCGAAGCCGCUCGUCAAAGGAAGAUUCAGAUAGCAGCUCUCGUCGCCGCCGCAUGGCAACGGACGAGUCGCUAAAAAACUCAGAAAGUACCACAGCGAGCGUGACAGGUCACCUGGUCGAAGUAACAAUGCAUGAUCAGCCUCAAGAGCUUGUCCAAGCGUCAUCAAAUGCGCAACACGGAUCGCGCAUACAUUCUCAGCUGGCACGUACUCUCGCAGAUGUGAAGCAGCAAGAAGCGGCGCGCAGUCCCAAGACUUCUCAGCCCGCACCUGUAACCACAUCUCGCUUCCUCAAGCAGUCCGGUGCAAAGACGCACGACGGCGCGUCACGCGAAGCAAGCAAAAGGGAAGCCGACGGAGAGUGGAGAAGAAAGUACGCCAAGAGCUUCCCAACCUUCAUCCUCUACUUUGACGAGUUGAGUCCUUCGGACCUGGUCGAAGCAAGCACAAAUGCGAAGCGAUUUGGCGCGAUCGUGGCCCCGUUCUUCUCUAAAGACGUCACCCACCUCGUGUCGGCGCACAAGCAUCAGUCGCGCCGAGCUCCAGAGCCCCUGCGGCAGGCACUCCUCAAGGCGACUCCAGGCGGUUCUGUCGAAACAAGGGCCAACCAUGGAGCUGAACGGUCUACAAGGUCGGCGCAUCGCCCCGGUGCAACGAAGCUGGCACGUGAAUCGAGACAGCAACCACUGCACUCUGGGAGCAACCCCUUCGAAGAGGCAACGCCUGCUCCUCCCGAAAGCUCCAUUGUCAGAAAAGCCCGCGACUUCAAUAUUCGCGUAUGGUCCCAUGAAAAAUUCUGCAGCAUCAUUGCGGCGCUCGACGGAGCCCAAGUGCCCGCUCAAGCUCACGAUUCUGACAAGCGUCGCCGCAAUCUCUCGCAGAUGCUACAGCAGGAGAAGCUGCAAGGGACCUCGGAGCGCGACCCUACUGCACCACGCUCCGACUAUCACUACUUUGACAAGAAUAGCUGCUACAUUCUGGUAGAAGAUGCCACCUGCGAGCACCGAGUUCUUUUCACGCAAGAGUUCAAGCGCCCCAGAGCCGACGAAGACCCACCGUGGCCCAAAUUGUACGGUCAGCGCGAGGGUCGGUGCCCCUUCACGCGAUGGGAGUCGAGGCCAAAUGCACGCGCGACUGCGAAUCGCCAUGAGACUCUGAGACGUACCAGGUCGAUGACUGACGUGGCGCGAGGAGCUGUAUCUUCGAGGCUCAAACACGGAAGCCACUCGCCACAGCCAGUGCCCUUUAAUUUGGAAAAGGCUCGGCCUGAAGCAGCCUCGAUGCGCGGAGCCUCGCCCUAUCCAAUGGCCUCAGGCAACAGCAUCGCUUUGACGUCCAACAUCCACUCGACGACUUCCGCCGCUGCCGGCACUCACACCAUUGGGUUUGCGGGUCAAGGAGCUCUUGAUCGCAGACUGGUGACCCUGACUGAUCGUGGACUUCCCAGCCCAUUGGCAGGCCCAGCAGGGAGUGCCGUGGCUUCAGCACUCCCCCGUCACAUGACCUUUGCCAGUCAUAUCUCUCCCAGAGGUAUCAUGCGUCGCGCCGUGAGCACCGCGACCGGCCUAGCCCAAAGGCAAGCCCUGGCGGCGAAAGACAAGGAGGCACCAAAGUCCAAGCCUGGCAAUUGCGAGAAUUGCAGAACAAAGUACGACGACUUUGAUGAACACGUUGCCUCGAACAAGCACCGCCGAUUUGCUCUCAACGACAGUAACUUUGUGGAAUUGGACGAGUUUUUGGCAGGCGUCGAACGCCAAUCUGCGCUGUGGUGUGCCGAGGUGAUGGAGGAAGCGGAGCGCUAUCGCGAAGAUACGGGAGAAUACACUGACGAGCUGCAAGAGGAUGUGAUGGACGUUGGCGAGAGUUUUGGCACUUCCUGGCCGGCUGCCGAAGAUGACUACAUGACAGAUGGAACGAGUGGUACGAAUCAGUACACCAAUAUCAUGGAGGAUCCAUCUAUGGACAACACGGACAAUACCAGCACGAGCACUCAUACUAGUCCAGAUGCGCAACGAAGCCGCGUAAAGCUAGAACCCAAAAUCUCUCGCGAUGCCGGUGAUCGACCUACCAGUCAGACGGGACAUGCCGACGUGCACGAUUCAUUCGGGCUGCACGGGACAGGCGUGCCUUCGGCUCCUGGCCCAGAGUCGAAGUCACACUCUCGCGGCUAGGCUGCUCGCUGACCUCGUUCGCAGGCACAGCCUCACCUCCACUUGCUCUUCUCCCCAUUCCGCCAAGCGAUACCCAGCACGUGCACCAGAAAGACACAUCACGACUCCACCAAAAGCCAUCCCAACGACCUUUUUCGCGCCAUCGUUUCAGAAGCGUCGUGAUCAAAGCGCUCACAUCAUCUGCAACUCCGCGCGAUACCAGUCCAAGACCUGCA